UUAAAAGUGAACAUUAAACAACAACUAUUCACAAUUUUAAGCCCCCCUUUCUCUUAACAGCUUAUUACCUGCCUCUAACUCUAUAACAACAUACUAUUCCAGUAAAACACUUAUUAAACUACAUCAACUUAAUCUCAAAAUCAUACUGCAGCUGUCGUCAGCAGUGUCUUUCUUCCUCCGACUGAAGAUCUCCCUGGGUCGACUUCUUUUCUUUAAUGUCAAUAUGUUUCAUAUGAAAAGGCACCUUUUCAGGACACUGUUCUCAUCACCGAUCACAAUAUCAGACUGUGGAUGCAAAAAGAUCCAGUCCUUGCAAAACUAAAUCACCUGGUGGUGAUGGGGGAAAUAAAAGGGCCAUCACAACCAGAAUUGAAAUCCUUUUGGACCUGGUGUGACCAGAUCACUUAAGACGAAGCAGUUUAUUAUAGGGAGCAAGAAUGAUUAUCCUGAGCAAAGGUCACUACCAGAUACUGAACUCAACCAGGGUCAUCCAAGAGUGGCCAAAAUGAAGAUGUUGGCAAGAAGUCAUGUCUAGUGGCCAAGAUUUGAUGCCGACAUAGCUGCUUUGGUGGAGCAGUGCCCAGAAUGCCAACAGGGACAAAAAUUACUGUCAUCAGCUCCCCCACAUUUGUAGGAAUGGCUGGGUAAACCCUGGACACAAUUACACAUUAACUAUGCCAACACUUCCUUGGGCUCAACGUUCUUAGUCAUUAUGGGCGACCGCUCAAAGUGGUUGGAUGUGCAUAGAGUUCUUUCGUCAAACAUGGGGACAUUGAUAGAAAAGCUGCAAACAUCUUUUGCAGUACACAUGCUCCCAGAAGUGUUGGUAACAGACAAUGGGUCAUCAUUUACCAAAAGGGAAUUCUGAAUUUAAAUUUAAACAGUACCAGGUCAGUGAAUGAUCAUUGUAAGGAACCUGAAAAGUGGCAGUUGCGACAGUAAUUAUCAGUAACCAUGUUCCAAGCACCAACUGCACAUGAGCAUUGCUAAUAAACAAUCUACUGACAGCAAAAUGAAUUGGUAAACACUAUUGUGUAAAGUUAUUAUGUAUAUCUUAAAAUCUUAACAUUCAUCAGUAUGAUUGUGAGAAGUAGCAGUGUGAAACAAGUCACAAGUUAAUUGAAAUUAUUUCUGACUGGACAAGUAUAUGAAAUGGUUUCUGAGCCAUUGCCUUUCUUUUUUGUAUAUAUGGCCUAGACAAGGGUAUAGGCAGCAGAAAUGUGAAGCAUAUGGAUGAUGCAAAACAACAUAAUAAUUAGUGAGCAUGAUAGGACCAGACUUCAAGACAACAUAGAUGAAUGAAGUGGGCAGACUCAUCAGCAGAUCAUGGAAGGGAUCUCGAUAGUGCUAACAAGAGGCACUUGAACCACAAUAAGCUGCUCAUUGAUGCUCAACAUGUAUUCUGCCAGGGUCAUUCAGCUUCUCACCUCAUUACUGCUUUGGUCAAAAUAUGGACAAAAGAGCUGAACUACAGAAGUGAAGUGAUAGUUACUGCCUUUGACAUCAAGGUUGUAGUUGACUGAGCACGUCAUCAAGGAGCUGGAAUAAAAUUGGAGUCAUUGAGAAUUAAGAAGAAAACUAUCGAUUGGUUGAAGUCAUAACUAGAACAAUUAAAAUGCUUAAGGUUGUUGGAGAUCAAUCAUCGCAGCUAUUGGACAUCACUGCAGUCGUCCAUUGGGUAGUGUCCUAGGCUCAACCAUCUUCAGCUUCAUCAAUGACUUUGCCAAUUUUGACAUUAUGAGGGAAAGAAUGUUCAUUGAUGAUUAUACAACAUUCAGCAAUAUUCAUAGCUUCAUAGAUACUGAAGCAGUCUGUAUCCAAAUGCAGCAUGACCUGGAUAAUAUUCAGAUUCGGACUGACAAAGGCAAAUUCUAACAGCCGGGACAUUCCGAGCCACACAGAUUCAGGAGAAUUUCUACAAAGUAAAUUCAGUGUCAUAAUGGAUGUACGGGUCUGUGCACAUGAAUUAUUGACUUUGGAUAAACUCCUGUAAAAUUCAACUUGAGCCAUUUCUUCAGUUUUGGAACUGAUCUUUGCAAUUGCUUCAGACAGAACAAAAAUGGAUUCAAAAUCUGCUCACCCUAAUGUCAGUAUUCCCAGCUUUGAUGAACAUCGUGAGAAAAAAAAACGAUACACUGUUUACAAAGUGCUGGUGACAGUGGGUAGAAAUGAAUGGUUCGUCCUGAGACGCUAUGCUGAAUUUGACAAAUUGUACAACACCCUAAAGAAACAAUACCCUCAAUUUCCCCUGAAGCUUCCUGCUAAAAGAAUAUUUGGAGACAAUUUUGAUCCAGCAUUUAUUAAGCAAAGAAGAGCAGGAUUGAAUGAAUUCAUUCAGAAACUAGUAUCACAUCCAUCGUUAAGUCAACACCUUGAAGUUCGAGCAUUUCUUCAAAUGGAUAACCCAAAGAAUCAGUCAGAUCCAUCAGAAGAUGAAGAUGAAAAGCCUAGUCAUGUGCAACAUUCUACCUCUGAAAGCAUUUAUCUUGGUGCCUCAGGAAAUCCCCAGGCUAUGCCAACAGACUUUACUUUCUUAAAGCUAAUUGGCAAGGGAAGCUUUGGCAAGGUUUUACUUGCGAAACAUAAAACUGAUGGGAAAUUUUAUGCAAUUAAGGUCUUGCAUAAGAAAGUAAUCCUAAAGAAGAAAGAGCAAAGGCACAUUAUGGCUGAGCGAAAUGUGUUGUUGAAAAAUGUGAAACACCCAUUUCUGGUUGGGCUUCAUUAUUCAUUUCAAACCACAGACAAGCUCUACUUUGUCCUGGAUUUUAUUAAUGGUGGAGAGUUGUUUUUCCAUCUACAAAGGGAGCGUUGCUUCUCUGAAGACCGAGCCAGAUUCUAUGCAGCAGAAAUGGCCAGUGCCCUGGGAUAUUUGCAUUCACUCAACAUUGUUUACAGGGAUCUGAAGCCAGAAAACAUCCUUUUAGACUCGCAGGGGCACAUAGCUUUAACAGAUUUUGGUCUUUGUAAAGAAGGAAUGGCUUGCACUGACACCACAUCUACUUUCUGUGGAACACCAGAGUAUCUUGCACCAGAAGUGCUCAGAAAGCAACCUUAUGAUAACACCGUUGAUUGGUGGUGCCUUGGCUCUGUUCUGUUUGAAAUGCUGUAUGGCCUGCCUCCUUUCUAUAGUCGUGAUACUGCUGAGAUGUACGAAUACAUCCUUCACAAGCCUUUGCAGCUGAGGCCUGGAGCAACUGAUGAAGCCUGUUCAAUCCUGGAAGGAUUACUGGAAAAAGAGAGGGAGAGAAGACUAGGAGCAAAGGAUGAUUUUGCUGAAAUCAAAAGCCAUCCUUUUUUUGAUGUUAUCAAUUGGGAACAUCUAGAUCGGAAGGAAAUCCCCCCACCAUUUAAUCCCAGUGUGGCUGGACCUGAUGAUCUACAAAAUUUUGAUCCAGAGUUCACAGAAGAACCAGUUCCUCAAUCUAUUUGUCGAUCUCCUGACCGUUCAGUUGUAAAUGCUAGUGUUUUAGAAGCUGAUGAUGCAUUUAUUGGUUUUUCUUAUGCCCCACCAAUUGAAGAUUCAUUCUUAUAAAGGACAUUUUCAUGGAAUUUUUCAAUGAGAAACAAACUACUCAGCAGGAAAUGAAAGCACUGUUCAGCCUUGUAUGCUUUUGAAUUUGCACCACAACUGUCAGCUUUCCUCAAACAGAAACUGUAGUGAUCAGGUGAAUGUAUGGAGCUUAUAAAGUACUAAAAGGAAACUGUACAUUCUACGUGCAACUUGUAAACAAUCCAAAUAUUCAAUUGCUUCACUCUCUUUCCAAGUCUGAAGAUUCCAAAGCUAUGUAGUUUAAGGAUAGUCUACUUAUCCAAGACUUUACAAAUUUCUGAAAUUCUGAUUGUGCUGUACUGUAUACAAUUUAAAUAUUGUGGAAACAACCUAUCCCAUUUCUGGAUAAUUGCAUACAUAUGUUGUGAUAUUUCUGAAAGAAUUAAUGUAUUGUUGUCCAAAGAUGAUGAAAUCAAAUUUCGCAACAUGAAAAUUGCUAAUGAUAUUUUAUAUUUUCACCUCACUGCCAUCUAUUUUGAUCUGUGAAGAUCAUAUACCGGUAUUGAUUUUGGUUAUAACUUAAUGUCUUUACUGGAAUCCAACCAAAUUGUCACUGUAUAUAAAUCUGCACUUAUAGUACAGACACUACUUGAAUAACAGAGGAAAAAUUGUGGCCACUCAGGUGAAAGAUGUGAAGAUUUUCUUUUGAGUAUUUAAUAUGUAUUGGCCACUAAUGAUUGAUCAUGCCUGUUUUGUUUUAAAAACCUGAAUUGGAAAUAUACAAAUUUGCAAACUAUAGUUUAAUUAGAUGCAACUAAUACUUUUAUAAUUAUAUAUGUAUUUAAUUCCAUGUUGUGUGCAGAUGGAUAUAUUGAUAACGGCAAAAGUACUAAAUAACACAUCUUCAAAUAUAUAUGUGUGUAUAUUCUAAAUGGUCAUUUUAGGUUUUAUGACAUGUUUGUUACUUUUUUAAAAAACAGAACAUUAAAAUGUAAGGAAGGUUCAAGGAUAGCUCCAGUGGAAAGGUUGGUUCAAAAUCCAAGUAAGUAUUUUUGCCCCUUUUACUCCAAUGGUACAAUGAUGAGCAUAGACUGUCUGUCUGGACUGGUAGGACAAAUGUUUUGACCUGCUUUUCCUAUCUGAUUAAUUAUUUUUAUUGAUUUUCAUUUCUGUAUUUCACUUUUGCAGGAAUUCAUAGAAUGCCUUAAGGUCACCUGAGGAAAACCUUUUUUAAAUAACAUUCAUUCAAAUAAUUAAUGGAAAAUGGGACACAUUUCAUUUGCUUGUUCUGCUUCAAAGAUUUUGGCUUAUUCCAUUUGACUGAAAUCCCAGUGCCCAUAUUUAAAGGAGGGUGUCAGCAUAUUAAAAAUAUUCAGC